AUGACUGCAGAAGCGCAGCAAGCUCUGUCCUCUCAGCCCCCUCCGCCGCCGGCGCAGAGCAGCUACGGCCCCAUGUCCUCUGUGGCCGAGAAGCAGCCGCAGGGCUCGGCCCUGGACGCCGCCUCCGCGGCGCCCGCCGGGGCGGCCGGCAGCGCCCCGGGCAGCGGCGGCGCCCCGGGCGGCGGCGGUGGCGGCGGCCCCAAGGCGAAGAAAACGAACGCGGGGAUCCGGCGGCCGGAGAAGCCGCCUUACUCCUACAUCGCCCUCAUCGUCAUGGCCAUCCAGAGCUCGCCCUCGAAGCGCCUCACGCUCAGCGAGAUCUACCAGUUYUUGCAGAGUCGCUUCCCCUUUUUCCGCGGCUCCUACCAGGGAUGGAAAAACUCGGUGCGCCACAACCUCUCUCUCAACGAGUGCUUCAUCAAGCUGCCCAAGGGGCUCGGCCGCCCGGGCAAGGGCCACUACUGGACCAUCGACCCGGCCAGCGAGUUCAUGUUCGAGGAGGGCUCGUUCCGCCGGCGCCCGCGCGGCUUCAGGAGGAAAUGCCAGGCGCUCAAGCCCAUGUACAGCAUGAUGAACGGGCUCAGCUUCAACCACCUCCCCGAGAGCUACAGCUUCCAGGGCUCGGCCGGCGGCCUGUCCUGCCCGCCCAACAGCCUCUCCCUCGAGGGCGGCUUGGGCAUGAUGAACGGGCACUUGUCCGGCAACGUGGACGGCAUGGGCCUUGCGGGACACUCCGUGCCCCACCUGCCCGCCAACGGCGGCCACUCCUAUAUGGGCAGCUGCACCGGCUCCUCGGCGGGCGACUACCCGCACCACGAGAGCUCCGUGCCCGCCUCGCCGCUGCUCGCGGGCGGCGGCGUCAUGGAGCCGCACUCCGUUUACUCCAGCUCGGCCUCGGCGUGGGCGCCCUCGGCCUCGGCCGCCCUCAACAGCGGCGCCUCCUACAUCAAGCAGCAGCCCCUGUCGCCUUGCAACCCCACGGCCAACCCGCUCUCGUCCAGCCUCUCCACGCACUCCCUAGACCAGCCUUACCUGCACCAGAACAGCCACAACGCCGCCGAGCUGCAAGGCAUCCCGCGGUAUCAUUCCCAGUCUCCAAGCAUGUGCGACAGAAAGGAAUUCGUCUUCUCUUUCAACGCCAUGGCCUCCUCCUCCAUGCAUUCAGCGGGCAGCGGCUCCUAUUACCACCAACAAGUGACAUACCAGGACAUCAAGCCGUGCGUUAUGUGA